AUGAACCUAGAUAACUGUGUGUCUGACUUUGAGGGAAAAUCUGUAGUGGUAGUCAGCCCGGCUGGAAAACUGAGAUUCAGGUACACUGGACAUACUCCUGCCCCAAAGUACCAACCAUUCAAUCCAAGAGGAAUCACUACAGACAGUCAGAGUCACAUCCUUACAGCUGAUUUUGACAAUCAUUGUGUCCACAUCAUAGACCAGGAUGGACAGUUCCUCCGUUACAUAUACUGUGGACUGAUUGGACCACGGGGACUGUGUACAGAUACAAAUGAUAAUCUGUUUGUUGCUCAAUGUUUGAAUAAACAAGUGAAGAAAAUCAAAUAUCUGAGGUGA